GAUUGAAAGCACGAUCAGUGCUGCUUCGCCUUAGCAGCCGCAACGAACAAAACUUUCGAUACGCGCGUACGAGAAUUUUUUGCGCGAUCAAGAACUGGUAGUCAAACUCAAAAAUAAUCAUAAAAAAAGAUACAAGUAAAAAUAAAAUUGCAAAAAAUAUCGCUGCAAAUACAUAUGUACAAGUAGAGUACAUGAGAACUCUUUAACCACAACACAGAGAUAAAAUACACGAGAACGACUUGCGCACGGCCGGUUAACGCAUUUAUCAAGUAGUGAAUAACAUAAGUGACGAGUGAACUGAAACUGGAAAAUCCGCUGUAGAGAGCAACUUUUAUCUUAUUGAAGACUGACCAGGUGUAUACAGAGAGUGUUAAAAUACAAUACAAAACAAACAAAAAAGUACAAUGUUCACAAUGCAGGGGAUUUUUCUUGCUUUACUGAUUGUCUGCGCGACGGCACAAUCGUAUUACCCGUACGAGACGCAGCAGCGAACGAGUACACCUAGGUUAGCAACUUACACCACAAGGAUAGCGGUAACACAAGCCGAUUAUCAAAGAACGUCAUUGCUGUACCCGAAUAAUUUUGGACAAGUACCAGCGCCAAAUAUAGCAUCACGAUCAUCGGUUAGCCCACGGUUUCCGACAUCAACGAAUUAUCCACAAGCUCGUCCUCGUCCCGGCACAGCGCCGACAAGGGACACACAGAAACCCGUUUGGAGCAACUCGAAACCGGCAGGGACUAAUCUUCCAAACACAUAUGCGCCCAAUAAAUUCAAUGCGAAUCUUUUCAAAGUAAUCGCCGGUCCAUUGUCACAGCGAAAUGUCGUCUAUUCGCCCAUAUCCUUGCAAUUGUUAUUGGCAUUCGUUUCCAUCGGCGCCGAUGGAGAGACCUAUAAUCAGAUUCGGAAUGCGCUCGGACUGCACGCCAACAAUCGGGACACGGUUGCGUUCUUCCAAAAACUGAGGACACAAUUGAACGCAGGCAAUGUACAGCUGGUGAUGGCGAAUAAAAUGUAUCAUAGCCGAGAGAAGACACUGCUACGGAACGUACAGGAAUUAGCAAGUAAUUUCAACAGCGAAAUUGAGGCGAUCGACUUUAGAUCGCCGUUUGCGGCGGCUUCUAUUAACAAUUGGGUGGCGCAGAAGACGCAAAAUAUUAUACGCGAACUGGUCGUGCCGGCGCAAUUGGAUGCGCAAACGCAGGCGAUGCUCGUCAAUGCGAUACACUUUAAGGCCAAGUGGGCGAAGGAGUUCUCUACGCGUGACACGGAGAAGCAGAAAUUCUAUGUGACGCCCCAGCGUGCAGUGUCUGUCGAUAUGAUGUAUAGUGAUGACUCAUUCAACUAUGGUGAAUUUCCGGAAUUGGACGCAACCGGUGUAGAGUUGAAAUAUGCAAACUCGAAUAUAUCGAUGAUGAUUUUGCUGCCGAACAAGCCUGAUGGUUUGGCAGACAUGGAGCAGCGUUUGAAUGAUGUCGAUUUGAAGAGUUUAUCGGCGCGUAUGCGUUUGGAGACGGUCACAAUAAGAAUACCUAAAUUCAGCAUUGACUUUGAUAUUGACAUGAGGCGCCCUCUAAAUCAGCUUGGAAUCACGGAUCUUUUCAACGAAAACGCUAGUUUGAAAGGCUUCUUCUAUCAAGAGUCGGCUGUUGUGUCGCAAGUGCAGCACAAGGCCUUCCUCAAUGUCAAUGAGGCGGGCUCAGAAGCGGCAGCAGCGUCCUUUAUCAAGCUAAUACCGCUCUCACUGCCCAAUCGCAUCAUCCGCUUCACGGCUGAUCAUCCAUUUAUGUUCGCCAUACGUAGUCCGCAAGCUGUCUUAUUCAUUGGGCAUGUCGUUAAAAUCUACUGUAUUUUCGUGCUGCAGACGAUCACAGCCACCGCACCGGCGCUCACUGCGAAGCUCGCCAGCGAUCGCUUUGCCUUGACGCUCAGCACGGCGUUGGGUCUGCAAUCACCUGCGCAGAAUGUGCUCCUUUCGCCCGUGCUCGUGCAGGCGUUACUCACGCUGCUCACGUACGGCACCAACGAACAGGAGGCUGCCGCACUACGCGCCGCCUUGCAUUUGUCGCAAACGGAGCGCAAGCCCACUGCCACACUGAAUAUGUCACUGCUAUUGGGUUCGGUGAAGACACAAGCUCAAGCGAAAGCGCGCCUGCUGAGCGCCAUCUAUGUGCAGGAACAUGUAUUAUUCAAAUUUCAAGAUGAGUUCGUGGAAAUGGCAAAGCAUUUCGAAACACCAACUCAAAUGGUCGAUUUCAAUCGUAAAAGCGUUGAUGAGCUCAACUAUUGGUUCCUGCAACAGUCCAACUACAGUUGCGGUGAGGUGGUCAGCCCUAAAUUGGCCGAAUUGCGUGAACGCUUUGUCUUGGCCUCUGCGGCGGUAUUUCACGCGCCAUGGGCGGUGGGUUUCAAUGUAAAGGAGACGGAGAAAUUGAAUUUCUUUACCGAUCGCGUGCAACAUAAAUUAGUCGAUUGCAUGUUUGUGACCCACAAAUUUCGCUAUGCCGAUUUGACACAUUUGGAUGCCAAGCUGGUGGAGUUGCCAUAUGCGAAUGAGACACUGAAAUUGUGGCUGCUUUUGCCCAAUCAAAUGGAUGGUUUGGGAAAACUCGAAGUGCAACUCUUGCAUGAAGAUCUCACCAAGCUCGAGGCGCAAUUGAGCGAGCAGAAAAUCGUUCUGACGUUGCCGAAAUUUCGCGUCGAAUAUGAUGUGGAUCUGAAAAGCGCUUUGAGUGCGUUGGGCUUCGCACGCAUUUUCGAUGGCGAAACGAAAUUCACACACAUGUUCUCCUCGUUUUUCAAUACACGCUCACCAGCUGUGACGAAUGUGCCACAUAAAGCGAUCUGGCGCGUAGAUGAGUACGGCGGUGCGCCGACUGCUGAAGAUGAAUUUUUGAAUACAGACACCGCGCACAGCAUGAAAUCACUAUUAUUUUUGACCGCUUGGGUCACGCUCAGCGGCUGCCUGCUCGCGCAUGCCGCCACUCUAGGCACUCAAAGUGAAGCUACUGAACGCAAUCUCUUUGCUGCCGAUAUCUAUCAGGCUGUCGCCGCGAAUCAUUUGGGUGAAAAUGUUGUGAUCUCGCCUGCAGCCAUACAAACCGCCAUGGCUUUGGCCUUCUACGGCGCAAAAGGACGCACGGCCAGCGAAAUACAAACGGGCAUACGCCUGGGUUCGGCCAAUUCCGAUGAAGUGGUGCGUCGUUUUAGCGCUUUUCAAAAUGCCUUCACACGCAGCAACAAUUUGCGUUUGUUCAAUAAAAUUUACAUAAAUGAGAAUCUGGAAUUCAAGGCCAAUUUCCGUGACGUCGCACGUCGUAGUUUCGAUUCGGAUCUCGAAACAGCCGAUUUUCAUCCACCUUACAAUAAACGCACCGCCGACCGCAUUAGCAAAGAAGCGCAACAGAAAACUCUAAAUAAAGUCACCAACAUACUACAACCACAACAGUUAAACGAUCUAACGGAAGGUGUGAUGGUGAAUGGCAUCGCCUAUAGUGCGCCCUGGUUGAAUGCCUUCAAGGCUGGUAAGACAGAACGUCGUGAAUUUUCGUCCGGUGGUCGGCGUUCAGUGAAUGUGGAUAUGAUGUGGACUGUAAAUAAUUUCCGUUAUGGCGAAGUAAAUGAACUGGAUGCAAAGGUAAUCGAGUUGCCAUAUCAAAAUACUGAAUACUCAAUGUUAGUGUUGCUGCCGAACCAAAUGAACGGUUUAUCCAGUCUCAUACAACGUUUGGUCGGUAAGAAUUUGGUUGGACUGGUGGAUACUCGCUUGAGCUCACAGAAGAUUGAGUUGCGUUUACCUAAAUUCGGUUUUGAAUUUGGUGUCAGUCUAGAGGAACCUUUCCGUAAGCUCGGUAUCACCACUAUGUUUACACGACAAGGGGAUUUCGGCCAUAUGUACCGCAUGUUCGUCAGUCAUUAUAUCAAUAGUGCUAACCAUAAGGCUUAUGUGGAAGUUACCGAGGACGGUUCAGUGCCCUCAUUGGAAUCCGGAGGCAUUAAGAGCUUCUUGACCUUCUCUCGCCCAAAAUCUUUGGAAGUGGAUCAUCCUUUCAUUUUUGCCAUUAAACAUGAGGACUCUAUUAUUUUCAUGGGCCAUGUUACACAUAAUGUUUAAUGAAUUUAUGUCGGUGAUGGUUGUAUGGUGUAAUUAUCAAACAUUUUGGAGAUAACGAGAAUGCUUUCAACAGCGGUUUCUGCACGAUUAUAUAUAUACAAUAUAUAUUACUCGAUUUACUUUUAAAUAAAUAUAGAGAUUAUA